AUGAUUUCUUUAAAUAAAAAUUCCGAGAUUCGUAAAUUUCUUACUCUUACAGGUGAACUGGAGAUGAAACAAGAAGAGCUCCGCUGAGGACUCUGCUCAUUACCAAACUUCAACCCUCUGUUUGUCAUGAAAAUAAUUGAUAAAGAGCAAAAAGGAUAUAUUACCAAAUAUGAUAUACAGAGGUUCCUGUGCAUUCAUAUGACAAGUGAAGACUCUUUUAUAAAGACACGUCCUACUCAACACCAAGAUGAAGAAUCCGACGACGAUCUCACCCUUUCCAGCCUAGAUAUGAUGGUUAGAUAUUUCGACCUAAACAAGGACGGGUGCCUUAACUACGAUGAAAUGAUGUUUAUCCUUCUUCCAUGCACUGAUAAUAAUAUUAUAAAUCAGAUUUAAGAAGAACAAGAACCGCCCUCUGCGAUACUCGAGCUACGUAAAGUCACAGAUAAUAAACGAUGCGAGGCACCUUAUCCGAAGCGAGGCUCUAAUCCACCAAGAGCUUGAAGACUUCAGGUCAGCCCUGAACAUCGUCGAGAAUUAUGAAUACAAGGCUGCAUACUUGGAAAUAACUGAACUCAAUGGGCUCAACAAGUUCCUUAACCUAGAAGAUGGUGACUCCUCAGCCGAGUUAGUCGGAGCUAUUCUGAGGAGAAUAGAUAGCACAGGCGAUGGGAAAAUAGAGUUUCAAGAUUUCGUCAAGUUCAUGAAACCAUGUUCUAAAAAGCCCAGGAUAGAAACAGAUUCUAGCUAUUUGUUAGAAGAUCCCCUUAGAGAGAAUCUAUCUGAGAAUAUUUAUAAAAGAAGACAAAGAUUUUCUCAAAUAAGCUCAGAAAUUUGGAAAAAGAGUGAUAUUUUUAAGAAGAGUGAAGACAUACCCAACCUUAGGAGUCCUCCAAAUGUAAGGACUAAGUCUCAGUCCUGUGAUCUUGGAGGUAAGAGUUCAAAGAGAAUCAGCUUAAGCAAGAGUCAUGCUAAUUUAUCAAUUUCAAACAAAUUAGAUUGCGUGAAGUACAAUUAUGAGAAGGAGAGUCCUCGGAAUUGUUCAAAAAGAAGAUCAAAAUUCUUAUCGAAAAUUGUAAAAAUUUGAAAACAUGAGAAGAAAUUAGAGAAAUUCAGAGUUCAACUUAACAAAAAGGAUGAUUUUGAUCCUUUACUCUUAUUCUCUUUCUUUGACAAGUAUGAAAGGCCUGCUCUACAACAGUUUGACAUGAACAGGCAGGACAGACCCAAAUACCAAUCAAGGCAAUACCUAGAUACUAAAAAAUUUAAACAAAGCUUGAAGAGUCUAGGCGUCGCCAUGAGCAAUUCAAGAUUUAAAAAGUUUUUCAAACGGUAUAAUUCGAAUAAUAAUGGGAUGCUUACUUUACACGAAUUUUUGGAUAUAUUCAUCCCAAAGGAGUUUAAUCCAAAGUUCUUCAAGCCAGCAAGUGAGGAUAGGGUCCAGAACGUUAAAGAACUGACUCAUAUUGAGCAUUUCAUUUCAUUAGAAACUUUAUUUGAAAUUAGAGAUUUCCUGAUGCAUCAUUUGAAGAUCGAUAAGCUUAUUGAAAAAUGGCUGUAUGAAGUAUCAAUAAUCCCGUCUUUUCAAAUCUUAAGUGACUUGAAAAGCCUCGGAGUCGAUCUAGAUUCAAUAGUAUCCCCUAGAGGAUUACAUAAAAUGCUUCAAGGAAUAGAUCCUACAAUCACCAAGACUGAAACUACUCUGCUAGUCAACAGACUAAAUUCAAUUGUAAAAAGUGAGAUUACCUACAUCGAUCUUGCUGGGAAUAAAGACCUCUACUCAAAACUCACUCAUACUGAAAUUUCUUCUAGAGGAUGCAGAAAGAGUAGAAGUAGAAAAGGCUCAAUCAAGAGGACCAAGAGCACUAUAAAUAAGUUUAGGAAAACACAUCAACACCUCGCUCUAUAA